AUGCAUGUGUUUAUUUUAUUUGUUCACUUAAUUUCCUCGCGAUCGGUCACCAACAACGCCUCCUCCGACAGCGGCGGCGGCAGCAGCCCCAUCAUCUUCGCCUUCUGGACGCCCUUCCUGCUGCUCCACCUGGGCGGCCCCGACACCAUCACCGCCUACUCGCUCGAGGACAACGAGCUCUGGCUCCGCCACCUCAUCGGCCUCCUCUUCGAGCUCUUCUCCGCCUCCGUCAUCUUCUUCUGCUCCCUGCGCGGCAACCCCGUGGUCCCCGCACAGGGCCGGCCUCCACGUCGAGGUCAUCAUCGCCGACGGCGAGGCCAGCAAGGCCCCGCCUACGACUUCUUCCUCAUCUUCCGCCGCCUCUUCGUCAACCUCAUCCUCAGCUUCAAGGAGCGCCGCCUGAGCCAGGCCUUCUUCCUGCGCGACGACAUGACGCCCGCCGAGGCGUUCGAGGUCAUCCAGGUGGAGCUCAACUUCAUCUACGACAUGGUGUACACCAAGGCGCCCGUCGCCCACCGCCGGGCCGUCUGGGCCCUCCGCUCCGGCUGCCUCGUCGCCGCACUUGCUAUAUUCUUCCUCCUUGACAAGCCCCGCCACGGCAUCAGGCGCGUCGACGUCGCCAUCAAGUACGCGCUCCUGCUGGGAGGGCUGGCGCUCGACGCCGCCGCGCUGCUCAUGCUCCUCUUCUCCAACCGCGUCACGGUCUACCUGGAGGAGGAGUCCCGGCGCUUCAGGUGGCUGGCGCGCCUCACCAGGGCGGCCAAGCGGUGGCGGGCGCGGCGGUGGUCCGGCAAGACCUCGCAGCUGAACCUCGUCAGCUACUGCCUCGGCAAGCCGGACCAGCGCAGGCUCUGGCUCAGGGUCGCCGACAAGUUUUGCCUCGGGGACAUGGUCGACGACCUAGUCUUCAUCCGGCGCAUGCCGCUCCUCACCACUGCUGCUAGCGGAGAAGGCAGUCUCCUGGACUUCGUCUUCCAUGGCCUCAGGGACGCCGCCAUUGUGCUCAAGGCCGAGCUGGACGACACAACAGCAGGCAGCAGCGACGGGUUCCAGAAGAUCAUGAAGGAGUGUGGCUGCCGUGGCGAGCGCGCCAUCAAGAGCCACGAGAAUGCCAUCAUCAAGCUACCCGCCGGGGAAGACAAGCUGAAGCUUAUCAUGGACAGCGUGGCCGGCAGGGAGUUCGACGAGUCCCUGCUGCUGUGGCACGUCGCCACCGACCUGUGCCGCGUCAAGGACAACAAGGCGACAGCUACGCCGAUGACCACCGAAGCGCGGCUGCGGCCCAUCGGCGAGACCCUGUCGGAGUACAUGCUGUACCUGCUGAUCAAGCAGCCGGAGAUGCUGUCGGCGACGGCGGGCAUCGGGCUGCUCCGGUACCGGGACACGUGCGCCGAGGCGCGGCGCUUCUUCGCGUCCAUGGACGAGUGGGUGGCCGGCCACGACGACGACGCCCGGGCGCUGCUGCUGCGGGUGAACACGUCGCAGAAGCCGGCGACGGUGAAGGGCGACCGGAGCAAGUCGGUGCUGUUCGACGCCGUCAUCCUGGCCAAGGCGCUGAGGGAGCUCGACGACGACGAGCUGAUGUGGGAGGUGGUGGCGGGGGUGUGGCGGGAGAUGCUGACGUACUCGGCGGGCAGGUGCCGGGGGAGCACGCACGUGCGGCAGCUGAGCCGCGGCGGCGAGCUCAUCACCCUCGUCUGGUUCCUCAUGGCGCACAUGGGGCUCGGCGACAUGUACCAGAUACACGAAGGGGACGCCAAGACCAAGCUCAUCGUGCACGACCAGUAG